AUGACAGGUACCUCAACGGCACCGAUCGACAUCGGCACAAGGUCAGAUCGAACAAAUUCGGAGACAAAUCAUGAUGAUAUGUCGUUUAUCAGUCCACACGUGUUCGGCGCUUCAUAUGUCAAUCUGUCGCACAACGACUUCUCGGGGAAUCCCGAUUACGACGACAGCGUGGUACAUGAGCCUCACGCAUUCGUCGAUUUGAACGCGCCCACCUCGUCAGCGCCGCUCGUCUCGCGAUCAUCGAAUACGACGUCGUCGGACGAACCGCGUAGAAUGUUGGUGCUCGAUCGCGACAUUCCGCUUCUUCCUGGCGAACAGGCGAUGCCUGUCAAUUCGCAGCAAGUGUGCCCCGUUGAAGGCGGCACUGUAAUGCUCACCAAUUUUCGACUUCUAUUCCUCACUGAUGGCGAACAUCAAUCGAUUUUUGUGUUUACACUCAUGGAACUUGAGCUCACCGAUUUUCGCGAUCCGAACCAAGUAAUCAUUUCGAUGAAAGGAGGAAGAGUGAGAGGGUUUACAUUCGAAUCUUAUGAGCGAGCAUUCCCAUGGCAUCGACAGUUGCUCAAAAUUGUGUCGAAACUCAAUCGUGGGCAUUCUGUGGCUGCAAUCGCUUCACCGACACAGGCAGAAGCUGAGAAUAUGGAGCCGAUUGAAGUGUUCGCUUGGAAGUUUGCCGAGGCUGUCGAAUCGUCUUGUCCGGAAUGGCUUCGAUCGAGUGGUUCAAUUACACCGGAUGUGACGAAGAAGGACUACGAUCGUCUUGGAAUGAAUGAAGAUUUCAGAAUAUCGGCGGUCAAUGAGGGCUUUCAAGUUUGCGAAUCGUACCCGGAACGAAUUAUUGUGCCAUCUUCGAUGACUGAUGAGGAGAUUAAAGAGGCUUCGUCCUAUCGUGGCCUCAAUCGAUUCCCGGCGGUGGUUUGGAGGUGUAAAUCUACGAGAGCUGUUCUUAUGAGAAGCGCGCAACCACAGGUCGGAUUCCUCUCUUGGAGAAAUUACAUGGAUGAGAAGAUUGUUGCGACGUUAACCAUAAUUGAAUGUUUAGAGGGAAAAGAGAAGAAGCAGUUCGUGAUAAUGGAUGCUAGAACGUAUGCGGCGGCAUUCGCGAAUCGUGCCCGAAGCGGAGGAUUCGAGAAUACUGAAUAUUAUCAACAAGCGAAACUUGAUUUCCUUGGACUUCCGAACAUUCAUACCGUUCGCAAUUCAUUCAUCGCCAUGAGAAAUUUGUUGCAUAGUGGAACACAUGGAGAUCAACUUUUGGCGAGCCUUCAAAACACUGGAUGGCUUCAGAAUCUUAGCAAUUUGUUGUUCUCCUCGGCCAGUUGCGCCGAUUAUCUGUCAAAGGGCCAUUCGGUUCUUGUUCAUUGCUCGGAUGGAUGGGAUCGGACCACGCAGAUCGUCUCGCUCGCAAAGAUUAUGCUUGAUGAUUAUUAUCGAACGAUUGAGGGAUUCGAGGAGCUGAUUCGAAGGGAAUGGCUCGCGUUUGGCCAUAAGUUCUAUGAUCGACAACAGAGUUUUAAUGGAAAUUGGGAUGCCGGCGAACGCUCGCCGAUCUUCCUUCAAUUCCUCGAAGCUGUCCGUCAUUUGCAACGCGAACAACCCACCGCGUUCCAGUUCACACACGCCUAUCUCAUCAAAUUGGCUCAACACUCCUACUCGGGACUUUUCGGAACAUUUUUGUUCAACUCGCAAAAGGAAAUGCGAGAGGCGCUGACAAAUCGUGAUAUUGAGCUUGUUGAGAUUUGGAGAUAUCUUGGCGAUCAUCAUCAGGAGUUUGUUAAUCAAUCGUACGACGAUUUGUUCAAAGGACCAUUGAAGAGCAUCAGCUUCAGUGUUAUCAACCUCCGAGUUUGGCAUGAAGUGUUCUCGGAUGACGUUGAGAGAUACAUGCAUCUAUACUCGCCCAACCCAUCAGCGACCCAGUCGCCAUCGCAACCUUCUGGAAAUUCGGCGCUGACGCCUUCAAAGGAGAACGUUGAGCGUCAAUCGUCUUCAGGAUACAGUUCAAAUUCUUCCGGAAUAAUUAAGAGCCGCAGCUCAGAGAGCAUCAAUUCGAUCAAUAAUGAAGGAGUAAAUGUUCCACUCAACACGCAUUCGGGAUCGAAUGGAGCGAUUCCAUCGCUUGACACAUCGAUGAUCAUCGCCUCGCCGCCGUCCGAAUCGUUCUGCUUCGGAAUGUCGACGAGCACUCAUCAACACUCGUUGGCGUGGAAUCAGCAUAGUUCGAAAAUCGAUGAUAUGCUUGAUUGCGACGGUCUGAUCAAAUUCGAAGACGAAGAGCAAGAGAUUCAGCGACGCAAAAACAACGCGAUGAAGAACGAAUUGAAGCGCAAAGAAAAUAUCAUCGAGGAUUUGAAAAAUCGUCAGAGAAAUUUCUCGGAGAAGACGUCGAAUGGAAGUAUUGGAUACACGACGAAUGGAUCAAGAUUGAACUCGUUUUGCGAUACGGACGAUUGCAAAUCGAACUCGGAUAUUUCGGUGGUUGAAGCUUCGGAACUUCCGGAUGCGAACAAAGGUUGGGAGAUGAACGGCACGAAUUGCAAGUUGUGCAAUAUGGAGUUCUCCAAAAUGAGCCCCUACCAAGAGGAUCGUGCCCAUCAUUGCAGAAAUUGCGGCUUAUUCGUGUGUUUCCAAUGCUCGCAACACUAUUUCCACGUGUUCGAGGAGGGCCAAAGCCGACAGAAGCGGGUGUGCGACAAGUGCUACAAAAAGAUGUGUUCGGAUAAAAUUUCGAGAUCUUCCUCCCUCGACAACCUGAGCGACAAUGAUUGUCGCUCGUUCCGUCGCUGCAUCUCGCCAUCGUCGCACUCGUUGAAUCGAAUGCCGACGCAGCCGCAAUGCAUUCGCUCGUCGUGUAAAGGCUCGUCGCAUUCCGUCGCGUCAGCGCACAAUUCGCCCGGCGAGUUCUGUCCACAUCAAGCAGUUAAAGGCUAA